AAAAUUGAAGAAUCUCAGAACCUUCUCGAUCCCAUGCCGCGAUCCCCGGCUCUCUCUUUCGCUCAAUCUCAAUAACAGAAACCAAAGGAAGCCCAACAUUCAUGUCCGCAAUCCGAGCUUUGACACUCGUGGACUCUUCAUAUCAAACCCUUCCUUCGCAUUCUCUUGUCUAUCCGUUUCUCCUUUUCCUCCUUCGCUUCGCCUUUACGUAUCUCCAUGCACCCAAUGACUCCUUGUUCCCGUUUUCUCUCUGUUUUCUUCUGCUUUCUCGCCAUUUCUGUCAAUUUCUUGUUCUCUUCUCUCACUUGAUCCACCACGUUCGAGUUUUCUCUCGCAAAUGGGGAAGAAAGUUUCUGCCUCGACAUCGCGCGGAGGGCGCUAUCUUCAACCUCGGUAUUACUUCAAGAGGCCUAGACGGCUUGCAUUGAUCUUUCUCGCUGUAAUCUCCGUUACAUGGUUUGUAUAUGAGCGCCAAUCGCUCACAAGGGCCAUCAGGUAUAAAAUCGGUUGCUUUGCUAGAUGAUCUUGCGCCCCAUGUGCAAUUUGAGUGGAUUUUUGGAUAUCAGUUGUUGAAAGUGGCGUUGAGAACACUCAGUUUAGCAAAAGCUACCUUCUACUUGCAUUCUGAGGUUUGAGGAGCAAAUAGCUAAACAAGCAUUCGAUGAUCCUGGGUUUGCAAAAUGGUUUUCAGCCUCCAAACUGAAAAAAUGAUAUCUUCGACAGCAUUUUCAAAAAUACUCCUGUUCUCUCUAGCAAACAGAGUCAUAAUACUCUUCGUCGGGGGAAUUUUCCAUUAUCGACCUAAAAUCAUUCUCUUCCUGUUAAAACUUCUCUAACAGAGUCGGCGAAAAAUGAUUAGGAUGGAGUCACUUGUGAUUUAAUCUAUUCCUGCUCUUGUAUUGAAGCGCUUUUAAACGUUAUUAAUAGAGUCCUACUAUGUUAUAGAUGCAUUUGUGGCGCUUUGAAUUUUGAAUUGAAUUUCUUUACUUCAGACUUUUCAGAAUUCUGGAGUAUUUGAAUCAAUUGUGUUCAUAUAGUUUCCAUUUCAUGCCUUUUCAAAUUAGUUCAUCGUUCUAGUUUACUUUUGCUCCCCUUUUCCCCGCAGGAGGAGAUUUUGAGAUUAAAUGAAGAGAUUACACUCCUGAAAAAUACACUGGAAGACAUUAAGUCCAAUAUGAAUGCUGCAGAUGGACAAAUCCAGAGUGGGAUACAUGAAGAGCCAUAUGAUCCUGUUAGCUUCCAACGAAGAGAGAAAGUAAAGGAUGCCAUGCUUCAUGCAUGGGCAUCUUAUGAAAAGUAUGCAUGGGGCAAGGAUGAACUUCAGCCACAAACAAGGGAUGGUAUUGACAGUUUUGGCGGUCUAGGGGCAACUAUUGUAGAUUCACUUGACACUUUGUAUAUAAUGGGUCUUGAAGUCCAGUUUCGAAGAGCUAGAGAGUGGAUUGCAAACUCAUUGGAUUUCAACAAGAACAUUGAAGUUAGUGUUUUUGAGACAACCAUAAGAGUUCUGGGCGGUCUUCUUAGUUCUUUUGAUCUCUCUGGUGACAAAAUGUUCCUUGAAAAGGCUAGAGAGCUUGCUGAUAAGUUGCUGCCUGCUUGGGAUUCACCUACAGGAAUCCCCUAUAAUAGAAUUAACUUGGCACAUGGCAAUGCACAUAAUCCUUCUUGGACUGGGGGAAACAGUAUUCUUGCAGACUCUGGUUCAGAACAGCUCGAAUUCAUUGCUCUAUCUCAAAGGAUAAAAGAUCCCAAGUACCAGCAGAAGGCAGAGAAAGUUAUAAGAGAGAUUCAAAAAAAUUUCCCUGACGAUGGUUUGCUUUCCAUACAUCUUGAUCCUCAAACUGGAGUUACAGCAUAUGGAUCAAUUACAUUUGGUGCUAUGGGUGACAGCUUCUAUGAGUAUCUACUUAAGGCCUGGAUACAAGGGAACAAGACAGAAGAAGUAAAGUUUUACCGAGAAAUGUGGGAGAAAUCAAUGAAGGCCUAGAGCUUAAUUAAGAGGUCCACUCCAUCAUCAUUUGCAUACAUAGCCGAGAAGGUUGGAAUCUCACUUACUGACAAGAUGGAUGAAUUAGCAUGUUUUGCUCCUGGAAUGGUGGCAUUAGGAUCUUUUGGCUAUAAUCCUGGGGAAGCUGAAAAGUUUUUGUCACUUGCAGAGGAGCUUGCAUGGACUUGUUACAAUUUCUACCAGUCAACACCAACAAAAUUGGCUGGGGAGAACUACUAUUUCCAUGAAGGAAAGGAUAUGAAUGUUGGCACCUCAUGGAAUAUUCUAAGGCCUGAAACAGUUGAGUCACUCUUCUAUCUCUGGCGAUUUACUGGAAACAAGACAUACCAGGAAUGGGGUUGGAAUAUUUUCCAAGCUUUUGAAAAGAACUCUCGGAUCGAGACAGGAUAUGUUGGGCUCAGAGAUGUAAUAUCAGGGUCCAAAGAUAAUAUGAUGCAGAGCUUCUUCCUUGCAGAAACACUUAAGUAUCUCUAUCUUUUGUUUUCACCUCCAUCAGUUAUCCCCCUGGAUUCAUGGGUCUUUAACACAGAGGCCCACCCUUUAAGAAUUGUGACUAGAGAUGGUCAUCCGGAGGUCUGGAGUUCAAACCGGGAACCGAAAAUCCCUCGUCACAUGCAGGGUCGGAAAGAAGGAUAUGUCUGCUCCUCUGCUCUCAACUUAGAUCCAUAAACUCAUUCAACUUUACAGAGUGACAACGUUAGUUCAGCGGUUUGAGAAUGUUGAGGCUGUUAAAUUGAUGACUGCCAGGUGGACAAACUCUGUAGUAAUGGGUGUGGAUUUCUUGGAAGUUUUGUCUCUUGAUACACACAGAGAUGCUUGCUUAUGCAGAUAUGCUACUUAUUUUCCUUGCUUUCUUUCGUUUUCUCUUAUUUUUGGGAGGUUGUAAAUGCUUGUGAGUGGGUUGGUCAAUGAAACAUGAGAUGUUAGUUUUUUAUCUUGGCUACUUCUCCUGUCCUAUUUAUAAGGCAAAAAGAAGAUUAGAUCUAGUUCUAUUUAUAGGACGCUUUACUAUUUUUUAUAUUCAUCUUU